GUUUCCAAUCCAAAGGUCAAAAUUAAUUGGCUAUUACUGUAUGGACUUUUAAAUUGUCACAUAUUAGUAAAAUGUUGCGGGCUCAAUAAGAUAUACAAAAUUCACUUUCACUUUGAUAAUCUAUUCACAUUUAUCUUUGAUCAAGACUUAUAUUUAAAUAUCACUUGCAAGGUUAGCUAGCUUCCACGUAUUGUAGAGUAUGAAGGGUGUGAAAGUUAUCAACGGUAUUGUUAGAAAAAUGAGUCCAAAUAUCAAGAAUAAUUCACCAGCAAUACGACUUCUUUGUGAUGGAAAUGCUAAAUAUUCGACAAAAGCAUGUGAUGCAAAGAAUGAGAAAGAAUCGAUUGCAACUUUACCAAAAUUACCUGUACCGAAACUAAAAGAAACAUUAGAUACAUAUUUCCAAACUGUGAAACCAUUCAUAAAUAAUCAAGAAUGCGAAAACACUGAAAAAUUACUUGCUGAUUUUGAAUGUAAAGAUGGAAAAAAAUUACAAUGUUUACUGGAGGAACGUGCAAAAAGUCUCAACAAUUGGCUAAGUGAUUGGUGGUUGGAUACGGCAUAUUUAACAUAUCGUGAUCCUGUUGUAAUUUUUUCUAGUCCAGGGCAAAUUUUUCCAAAACAAACUUUUGCGUGCCUGGAUGCUCAGCUAGAAUAUGCUGCAAAAGUGAUAGUUGCUGCUAUUGAUUUUAAAAUAAAAAUCGAUAAUGACAAAAUACCACAAGAGAAAAUGGGUAAAGAUCUCUUAGAUAUGUCACAGUAUAAAAAAGUUUUUGGAACUUGUAGACAGCCAUUUGAUAAAAAGGAUAAGUUAGUUUUUAAUCUACAAUCCAAACAUAUUGUUGUAGUUUCCAAUAACUUUUAUUAUAAACUACCAGUUCAAAAUGAAAAGGGAGCUCCGUUUAGCGUGUCACAAAUAAAAGAACAAUUAAAAAAUAUUCGUGCUGAUUCUUGUGGAAAAAAGGGUACACCUAUUGGAAUUUUAUCUGCACUAAACCGUGAUGAUUGGGCAUGUGCUUACCAGAAACUUAAAUCAAUUGGAAUCCAGAAUGAACGAUCGAUUGAUGCAAUUGAAACUAGUUUAUUCUUAAUGUGUUUGGACAACGCAUUACCAAAUCCUAAUAAUUUGAGUGCAGAAUCUUUAGGUGCACACCAACUCAUUCAUGGGGGGGCUUCAAAAGGUAACAUUAAUAAUCGUUGGUUUGAUAAAACUAUGCAGUUUGUAGUAAGUGAAGAUGGCAUUAAUGGAAUAACCUAUGAACACUCUCCAAGUGAAGGGCAACCAAUAGCAACCUUAACUGAUUACAUUGUUGAAUUUAUAAAGCAAGAUUUAUCGAAAGGAAUAAACUGUGCAGCUGGAGUUACAGAAAUUUGUCCAUUAAAAUUUGAAACAAAUGCAGAAAUUGAUACUUACAGACAAAAGGCUUGCGAUUUUAUAGAUAGGGUGAUCAGCGAUUUAUCAAUUCACGUGAAUGUAUUUACGGAUUAUGGAAAAAAUUAUAUUAAAUCGCAAAAAUUAAGCCCUGACAGUUUUUUCCAGAUGGCGAUACAAUUAGCAUUUUACAGAAUUCAUCAAACACCGGGUGCUCAUUAUGAAUCAGCUAGUUUAAGAAAAUUUAUUGAUGGUCGUACAGAGGCGAUACGGUCUUGUUCAAUAGAAUCAAUAAAAUUUGCAAAAAUUAUGUUGGAUCCUGAACAGAGUAAUUCAAAUAAGGUGAUUGCAUUGAGAGAAGCAGUUAAUUCACACAAGAAUUAUGUUGCAAAGGCUAUUAAUGGAAAGGGCUGCGAUCGACAUUUAUUGGGAUUAAAACUAUUAGCGUUAGAAAAUAAAUUACCAUUACACGAAUUAUAUAAAGAUGUUGCUUUUCUACGCAGUUCUACUUUCCGUUUAUCUACAAGUCAAGUUGCUUCUAUGUGUUAUUCUUUUAUGAGUUAUGGCCCACUUGUGCCCAAUGGAUAUGGUUGUUGUUAUAAUGUACGCGAUAAUGAUUUAAUUAUGGCUUGUUCAUCGUUUAGUACUACUGAGACAAAUGUCAAUAAUUUUUCUGAUUCACUUACUCAAUCUUUAAGAGACAUGAAGAAUGUUUUGGAAAGUGAAACAACGAAAGCUAAAUUGUAAUUAUUUUCGAACAAGAAACAAAUAUUAUUAUAUUUUG